AAAAAAAGAACUUUUUGUAAAGUAAUUACGUUAUUACUUGUAGGAGAAGGUUACUAUUACUAAUUACUUCUUACAAGUCAUUUUCUCAUCACUGCAGAUAACGUUGUAUUGUGUUGUACACAAUGAGACAAGUGAGGAGUUUAUACAGUACAUGAUUUCCUUCAACGUCGACUUUACUCGUUUGUCAUUCUUGUGUCGUUCUCAUGUUUUUUGGACUGUUUGUGUCUUUUAGCCAAACUGCACUCGACUGCAGUGCUCCCGUGUUAAACGAAUAAAGAUUUUCAUCACACCAGAUGUAAUAUGAGUGAUAGUCGUAAUCUGUAGCGGAAAUUAAAGCGGUUGUUGCCGAUAACAAAGGUGUCCGUGUACCUUUAAGACAAACACGAACGGCAGAUGGGGAGGAAGUGAAAAAAGUCACUUUCGGUUCCCCGUGAAAGUACUUUAAUGAUACCUGCUCUUCUACAUGGAAAAGGGAAGUCUGGUUAAUCAGGGUUUUAGUACUGCUUGUUUAUUUCACGUGGACAAGCUAGGACACUGUUUGUCCCACGACGGACACGAUGUCAGCAAUGGACGUCCAGCAGGAGUUUCAAGAUGCUGAUCAGAUUAUAGAGCUUCCCAAUGGACCCCUGAAUGAAAUGCUGGAUGUGGGGCAGGAAGAGAACAUGCAGGGCCAGAUGGAGGAGUUUCUGGGCCCGCAGGCGGAAUACAACGAGGAAGAGGAGGAGAGAAAAUACUACAGACGGAAGAGAUUAGGAGUCAUCAAAAAUGUGGUUGCAGCCAGUAUUGGAGCCAUGAUGGUGUACAGCGUGUACAUGGGGUUGCUGCAGAUGCAGCUGAUCCUCCAUUAUGACAUGACCUAUCGGGAAGUCAAGUACAGCAACCUGGGUCUGGAGAACAUUGAUCGGAUGAUGCAGAGGGGCAUCAACGUCACACCCGUAGUAGGCCUGCUUUAUACACCUGUUCUCAUCAGGUUUCUCGGAACAAAGUGGAUGAUGUUCCUGGCUUCAGGAAUCUACGCCUUUUUCGUCUCCACCAAUUACUGGGAGCGCUACUACACUUUGGUUCCCUCCGCCGUCGCCAUCGGUGUGGCCAUCGUGCCUUUGUGGGCCUCCCUCGGAAACUACAUCACGAGGAUGGCACAGCAGUACUACGAAUACGUCAACUACAAGGAAGAGCAUGUGCAGGACCAGAAGAAGAUCCCAAAAGGGGCGUGCCACAAAUACAUCAUCAUCUUCCACUCAGUCUUCAGUCUCAUCUUCCAUCUGAGCUUCAUCUUUGCGGAGUUCCCCAUGUGCUUCACCCUCAACGGCUACCUGCAAGACAGCGACCACGUUCUCUGCAACGUCCAUAAAUGUGGAGCCACAAUCCGAGGUGUGAUUCCUGGAUUUAAUACCACCGUGCUGAGAAAUCUCCCAAGCUCCAUGCUGCUGAUCAAAGUGGAGAGCGUUCUCAUGGGCUUCGCCUUCCUUUCCAUGAUCAUUUUCCUCGUGCUGUGUGGCGCUGCCCACCGCCCGACAGAGGAGAUUGACCUCCGCAGUAUCGGCUGGGGAAAUAUCUUCCAGCUUCCUUUCAAGCACCUCAGGGACUACCGCCUACGGCUGCUCUGCCCUUUCUUCAUCUACAGCGGACUCGAAAUCCUCUUUGCCAUCACCGGACUGUCUUUGUCCUACGGCGUCUGCACCCUGGGUCUAAAAAAGCUGUGGCUCCUCAUCGCCGUCUAUGGAUUUUCUUGCUCCGUUUUCUCGUCCCUCUCCCUCAGCCUUCUGCGCCUCCCGCGAUGGACGUGUCUGACGGCAGGCGCCGCCGUGCAUUUUGUGCUGCUGCUGGUCCUCAUGGUUUUUUCCCCAACGCCUCAAAACCUGAUGUACGAGGGCCCUCUGCUGGUGAUCUCCAUCCUGUGGGGGCUCGGCACUGCCCUGAACAAGACUGGAGUCAGCAUCGUGCUUGGUAUUUUGUAUGCUGAGGAGAAAGAACGCCUGGACUUUGUCUACACCAUCUAUCACUGGUUGCAGGCCAUUGCCAUCUUCAUAGUGUACCUCUGGUCAGAGCUGCCGAUGAGGGCCAAACUUGCCAUCCUGUUGGCAACUUUACUGCUAGCUUGCUACUGCUACUGGGUGAUGGAACGCCGCCUGGCGAAGAAAGUGCGCCACAGACUGCCCCGCAUCCCUCGACCGAGGCACAAGGUGAAAGGCUAUCGCUACCUGGAAGAAGGCAAUUCGGAUGAGUCAGACUCGGAGAAAAGCGAGGAGGAUGACGAAAAGGAUGUGGAGCACAUCGAGGAAGAGGAGCAGUUGGCGAACGAGAUGGGAGCGGAGGACAUGGAGGACGAGCGCCAGGAUGGCGGGGCUGCAGGAGCUGACUCACUCAGGGCCAGGAGGAAGAGGGCAGAGGGUCAGCAGCGCAGAGAGGAGGACGACCACGUGAUGGAGGCCCAGAGAGGGUGACGGAAAUUCAAAUAAGAGAAAGCGGGUGAACAGUAUCGCCUUGCAUCCUUCAUAAAAUUUGGGAUCAUAAUUAGGCUGUUUUUAAAGCCAAAAUUAGCUUCACAGCAGGGAUUCAGAUGAAAGGGGACAGGGAAUUCACCAAAUAUGGCAGCUGUUGUAUCAAGAGGGCAUUUUAAUGGACGAACUUUUGACUGUGAGCAGUAAGAGUCAUGAGUUUGGAGACACUUUCUCACUAACGUGAGAAAGUGUCUCCAAACCUUUGACUGUCAGCAGUAACAUUCAUAAGUUUGGAGACACUUUGUCAUUCACUAAUAUGAGAAAGCGUCUCCAAACUUUUGAACGUGGUGAGAAAGUGUCUACCAACUUUUGACUGUGAGCAGUAAGAGUCAUUCAUAAAUUUGGAGACACUUUUUCAUUCACUAACAGGAGAAAGCGUCUCCUAACUUUUGACUGUCAGCAGUAAGAGUCAUUCAUAAGUUUGGAGACACUUUCUGAUCACGUUAAAAAGUUUGGAGACACUUUCUCAUGUUAAUGAAUGACAAAGUGUCUCCAAACACAUUUCAUGAUUGGGCUCAGAGUCGUUCUGUCCAAAAGAGUUUCACCACAAAAAGGAUGCUAAGGGGGCCAUUUGGAUGUUUUUAAUUUUGUGACCACAAAGUUCUAUAUACUGUAUGCUACUUGCAUCGACAUUUCAACUUUUUGUAUUUUCGCAUCCCCCCCUCAAUUUUUUUUUUUUAGAAUGUGUCAUGCAGGCCAAGAAAAAAAUGGACUGGGGGCCUCAAAUGACCCCUCGGCCACAUUUUAGACACCCCUGUUCCAAAGUAUGCACUCAUGUGGCUUUGAUGGAACUAGCAGCUUUGACGCGAUGCUACGUGCUAAUGUUGGCACGGCGCUAUAUUGCGACUAUGACACACGGUGAGCGAUGCCAGGAAUAUUGAAUCCUGCUGGCAUUUAACGACAACAUGGUGGGAAAAUGCUUUCAAAUGCAGUCCAGGUACUGGAAGAGAGGUUUGUCAUUACAUGCUGGACUUUUAAGAUCUUGGUUAUGUAAAAAAUGUGAACUCUCGUGUGCGUGCGUGUGUGUGUGCGUGCGUGUGUGUGUGCGUGCGUGUGUGUGCGUGCGUGUGUGAGACGUGACUUGGCUCGUGUGUGUCCUCUUCGGGUUACCCUUACAUCCAAAAUCAUGCGUGUUUCGCAUGUGAGAGGCAGAGCCGUCGUUUGUAAGAAGAUGAUAUCCGGUUCCAAGCGGCACGUUAAAGAAAAGUCCAAAGUUGGCCUGAUUGGGGAUUCGGACCAGGGGUGUCCAAAGUGUGGUUCAGGGGCCGCUUGCAGACCACAGCUGAUUUCCGUUUCUUGGCAUGUUGCAUUGGGUUUUUAGAAUUUUGUACAAGCUUGGCAAUAAAUGACGUAUCUGUCACAAAGGCGUCAGAGAGAAUAAGAAUAA